CAAAACAAGUCGGAUCAGAUGGAACGAAAAAAAGCUUAAAUCAGUAGAAAAAUCGCAUUUUUAACCACAAAUCAUGGCAUUCAACAUUGGAUCCAUCGCAAACAACGCGUUGCAAUUGCAAUUACAGCAAAUGUUGGGUAAUUUCGUGAAUGCCCAACCGCAAGUUGCUCUUGCGCCGCAACACACGACUGCAAAUCAAAUGCCAAUACCCACGGCGGGCACUGCGAACCAAUUGCAUCUCGCAGCGAUGGCUGUCAUGAACAACAAUAAUACGCAGGGAGCUGCGAACGCCAACAGCAAAGAUGUCCCGAUGGAAUUGGAGACGCCCAACGAGGGAAUUAUCGAUGGCAUGGGGCGUCGAACGACAAGUGAGUCUGAAUUGGGUGACAAAUCGAUGUCAAAACCGCUCGGGAUGUUGAGUAAUGGCGAGAUAAUUUACGGAAAUAUGAUGGGAUUGCCAGGUACUUUGGUUCCGGGCACAAGUCAAUUUCCCCUAAUGAUGUCAGCGGGUAUGGUCGAUCCGAAUCUCUUGAAUAUGCAACAACAACUCUCGAUGGUGCAACAAAUGAAUCGCAUUGCGGCACCCGUAACAGCGCCAAAUUCCACGCCAGAGCCCGGAACGAGUGGGCAAUCGGGACAAACGAAGGAAUUGAUUCAAUGCAAAAGUUGCACUCUUUUUCCGCCGAAUCCAAAUGCCCCGAAACCAACAACGCGUGAAAAACCCGCCGGAUGUCGAACUGUUUUCGUCGGGGGACUGCCGGAAAACAUGACGGAACAAGUAAUUCACGAGAUUUUUGAGCGUUGCGGCGAAAUUACGACCCUCCGAUUGUCCAAGAAGAAUUUUUGUCACAUUCGGUUUGUUUUUGAGGCGUCAGUCGAGUCGGCGAUUUAUCUCUCCGGAUAUCGUGUGCGAAUGGGAAACAGCAAUGACGUCGCCAAUUGCGGGCGAUUGCAUGUCGAUUAUGCCCAAGCACGCGACGAUCAGUACGAGUACGAGUGUCGCACGAGGCAGCAGCAGCGCGAACAGCGACACAGGGAAAAGAUGGAGAAAGAGAGAUUGAGACCCUUAUCGCCGCCGCAAAUCAUCCAUUAUAGCGAGAGCGAGGCAAUGAAUCUCGGCGAGAAGAUCAAGAGCGACGAUAAGUUUCUGAAAGCGUGUCAAGUGUUGUGCACGUGGCUCGAACGGGGCGAUUGCAAUAAAAAGAACUCGAAUAUUUUUUACACAAUCAUACAGAGCACGAAUUCGCAUGUGCGUCGCUUGCAGAAUGAAAAGGCGACGUAUGAGCAAGAGUUCAAGGAAGCGAAGGACAAAUACAAGAAACAAAUGAUGACAAUUACCGUUCAAUUCAAUCAGAUCGAUAAGGUAUUCACGGCUGCCAAUCACAAGAAGGUAUGGGACCACUUCACUAAAGCCCAAAGAAAAAACAUCGACUUGUGGAAAAAGUCAUUGGAUUCGGGAGGCGCUCACAGCAGUAACAAAGACAAGGAGUCAGACAAAAGUGAUGAUGAUGUCAUGGAAAUCAGUGACGACGAGUCGCAUGAUAGUUACAGCACGAAAACGUCGGUUAAUAAGAAAGCGCGUUUCGAUAAUGAUAAGUUGAAGGAGGAAAAUGACAGUUUACGAUGUCAAUUGCGUGCAUGUAAAAGCGAAGUAGAAUUAUUGAAGACUGAUAACAAGUCGGAUUCGGAUAUUCGUGACAAGCAGAUCAAAGUCCUUCAUGAAACAAUCAGGAAUCUACAAACCCAAUUAUUAACAAACAAGGCGCGUGAAACUGAAGUUAACACUAAAAUAAGCGAGUUGGAAGCGAAACUCAAAGAAGCGAAUGUGAAGGAAUUGCUUUUAAAAACAAAAAUUGCCGCAACAUCGAAAAAUAUGCGCGAUUCGAUUUCCUCUUCAUCCAGCAAGGGCUCCGAUUGUGAGGAAGACAUCCAAAUUAAACCGAUUGUCGACAUAUCAUCGUCACACGAUUCAUCAGAUGACAACGAAAAACCCGUAAAAAAGCUAAAAACGGAACACGAAGCUGAAUCCGCGGACGAAAUAAAGCCCGAAGACAUCAAGUCUGAAACUGAAAAUUGUCAAAAUACAAGCCAAAGCAUAAAUCUAGUCGAAGCAAAAAUAAUCGGUCUAACAUCGACAUUUUUGGCGAUUCAUCCUGCAAGCGGUGCCCGAUUGUACGACAUUUGGUCGUACGUGAACAAUUUGCUGCCAACUUUGAAGCUACAUGAACUGCAUGAAAUUCUUGUGCGCUAUGAAAAUUUGUUUGCGCAAGCAACGACGGGCAAUGUGAAAAAUCAUUCCGACGUUCAUGGCGAGCAAAAGUGGAAAUUUACGGGCUUUGCAACGGAAACUGCCACCGCCGCCGCGGAGAAAGCAGAAGAAGCUGCGGAAAGCAAAAGCAUCGAGCAAUAACGAACAAACUUGAGUCAAAUUACAACAAAAAUAAUUAUUAUUAGCUUAGAAUUAUUAUGAAAUGAAGCAAAUCUAGUCUCUUUCUUCGUACAAUCAUGAGUUGAAUCUCUUUAAUAGUAUUUUAUUAUCAAUUUAGCGACAAUCGCGCUUUAACAUUUUUUUAAAACAGAAUUCACGAAAUAUCCACAAAAAAAAUAAAAAAUUGAAUUUAACACUAAAAUGUAGAACAUUUUCCCAACGUUUCGGAUUGUUGUUGUCAUCGUGUCUUUCGAAAAAAAAA